AUGGCAGUCGAUGGCGAUGAUGCCGGCCCUCCGACGGAGUUGGUACGCGAAGGCGAGCGGGCUCCGGUCGCCACCUCGACCCGAAACCGUCUCAUCGACGAGAUGCGCUGCCUUUUAUACCGCCACGAAGGUGCGUUGGCAUUCCAGGUGUGCGUCCCUUUGAGUGGCAUUCACAACGCACCCAACUGCACACAGAGGUGGAGUGCGUGCGCACGCGCACAUCUUCAUCGAUCGAUGUGA